ACAACGAAUCAAUUUUUUACUUUCACUUUCAUUCCUUUCAAAUGAAGGAGGCCGAUUUUUUAUCGUCAAAUUAAAAUCUAUGUUUAAAUAUGAAAGAAAAGGAAAUCUGUUAUGUUUUAUUCUUGAUCUUUUAUCCCGUGCAACUGUCACAUGAUGCUCAUUCUAUCGUUUGGCAGUUCCUCGGCUCUGAAGGCCUCACACUUCCCAUUUAUACAGAGAGAAUCACCGUGAAUGAUGUAACUGUAGUGUACUAUGACAGUAACAUGCAGUCGACCGCACCAUGUCCUGACUGGCUAAACACCAAAGCUGGUCAGCAACACUGGGAAGAGACCACUUCUUUAUCAUACAGCAACAGAGCAGAAAUGUCUUUAGCUCUCCAAAAAGCCAAGCAGUUCAACCUCUCAGGCACCUUUUCAGAUAUUAAUAUAUACCAAGGCUACAGUCGCUGUGACCUCUAUCCGAACGGCACAAUCAAAUCCAUGUUAACCCACGCCUUCAAUGGGAAGGACUUCAUAAGUUUUGAUAUUGACAAUAAGAGGUUCAUCGCUUCUGUUCCUCAAGCCUUCAUAUACAAACGAAUUAGGGAGGAGAGAAUCAUCUUGCUUGAACACAUGGUCUCUUUCUACAAAACGACAUGUUUUGACCGCCUUAGGAUAUUCUUAGGGCAUUCUCCUUAUGUCAACAGGACGAAUGCUCCAGAGGUGAAGCUUUUUGAGAGGCAGAGAGCUGGUUCCACUCUCCUCACAUGUCAUGUGACUGGGUUUUACCCCAGAGCGGUGCAGGUCAAUUGGAUCGGGGCAGGUUUACAGACGGUGGACAACGAGAUGAACGACGUGCUACCUAACGGUGAUGGCACGUAUCAGACCAGAAGGAGUGUGAUCAGACCUGAGGAGAACACAGGAGAUCAGCAGUACAGCUGUGUAGUACAUCACCGCAGCCUAGAGGGAAACAUUACCGUCACAUGGGAUGAGAGAAUCCUCAGACUCCCUGUUUGGAUUGCACUAGGCUGCAUUACCAUGGUCGUUGUAGCUGCGCUUGGAAUUCGACUCUAUUGUCAGAGUUAAGCUGCCUUACAGAAACUUGCCACUCAUAAAAGCUGUCUAUCAUCUACCUCGGCCUUCUGCAGCUCCUGUCCUCUGGUCUGACGUCGUCUUCUUUCCCACUACUGACAGUAUUUCAGGAUCAGUCUGAGAUACAAACCAGCAUUUAAACUAUUUUUAUCUUCAGCACUUUAAAGCACUACAAAUAUAUGAAGGUUUUAUUUUUCAUGUAAAUCCUAUUUGUCACUUUAACAUUCAUUCUCAAAGUGUUCUAUAGUUUUGCACAGUGGAAUCCUAAACAUUUUUUGAAAGUUAUUUUUACAGUAACAGAUGUAUUGCGCUUUCGUUUUAAAGAGCUGAAAACACAAUCAUAAACCAUCGGACGAUACCUCAGAGCCGAUUUAAUUCAUACAUCAAAUCUCUGGGUGUUAUAACAACUUAAAGUCACUGGUCCGUGUUCUCAUAACUACACACAGGUCCUAUUAGUUUAACUCGAGCUACUGAAUUAAGUUAUUCAUAUAUUCAUUCAUUUUCUACCGCUUAUCCGAACUAUCUCGGGUCACGGGGAGCCUGUGCCUAUCUCAGGCGUCAUCAUCGGCAUCGGGCAUCGAGGCAGGAUACACCCUGGACAGAGUGCCAACCCAUCACAGGGCACACACACACUCUCAUUCACUCACGCACUCACACACUACAGACAAUUUACCAGAGAUGCCAAUCAACCUACCAUGCAUGUCUUUGGACCGGGGGAGGAAACCGGAGUACCCGGAGGAAACCCCCGAGGCACGGGGAGAACAUGCAAACUCCACACACACAAGGCGGAGGCGGGAAUCGAACCCCCAACCCUGGAGGUAUGAGGCGAACGUGCUAACCACUAAGCCACCGUGCCCCCCCGAAUUAAGUUAGUUUCAUAUAAAUAAUUAACUGGAUAAUAAUGUAUCAGAAGCUCUUUGAGGAAGUUUUUUUAUUUUCUUAUUCUUGCACUUUACUAAUCUAUAAAGAAUGCUGACUUUAUUUUCCAGCUUAACAUUGGCUCUUAUUGCUGCUUUUACUUCAGCCAAUAGAAGGCAGUGCAGCCUCAAUAUAUAUACAGUGUUUUAACGUUUUUGUGUAGAUUUAUCUGAGUGAUCUACUGUACACAAUUCAUUACACUUUACUGUAUGCAUUGUUUACUUACACUUUAGUGUUAAUGUUUGGCGAUUGGUGGGUGGUCGUGUUGAGCGAUUUUCACAUCACAGAUUUGUGACAUGACUCAGAGAGAAUCAUCAGAUAACAAUACAACCCACAGAGAGAGAGAGAGAGAGAGAGAGAGAGAGAGACUUGUGAAGAAUUAUGUGUCCUCUGACUGAUGAAGCUGUUAGUAACAUUGUCAUCACUUAAUCCAGAGCUCUGACUCCAUUGUAAAGUGAACAUUUUCUCCUACAUGUUCAUGUGUUCUUGUUUUCUUCACCUGUAUCUGUUAAUGCCUGGGUUUGUAUUUCUGCAUUGUGUUUACUUUUGUCUAAUACAUUUACUUGUUUCUUUUUAUCCAUUUUAUAUACAUAUAUAUAUAUAUAUUUAGAUAUAUUUUAUCCAUGUUUUUUCCGAUGGGUUUUAUUUCACUUCAUCCCUGUGUUCAUUUUUAUUUCCUUCUCUUUGAUUAUUUGUAGUCCACUAUUAAAAUGUUUCAGGGUCAACUGGAUGUCGUU